AUGGCGCUCCUGAAUCUCCCGCUGGACCUGCUGGUUCUCAUCACGCCGCACCUGGACACGCCUUCCUUCCUCGCCUUCACAUCCACCUGCCAAGCCUUGCACUCUGCUCCCGUACGUGAAGAUCCACUCUUCUGGUCAGCACGUGUCCGGCGAGACUUUCGCGUGCCCAAUCAGCCAGUCGUCGCGAAUGAUGGCCAGCGGUGGAUGAAGCUAUACAAGCGCAUGAGGACUCAAAGUCGCAUCUUCGCCUGGGGAAAUAAUGACCGCCAAUGUCUUGGACACAGUAGAGACCCGAGCGAACCUGAUCCGCGACUAAGAUUGCGAGGGAGGAUGAUGGGCAGGGUGCUGCCUCGACGUAUGAUGCAGAAAUCUCACACGGGCACUCCCGAGGAGAUGGUUGGCAUUAAGGAGUUGGGCGUCAUUGCAGAUCUGCAAAGUGGCGGAUGGAGUACAACAUUGUUGACAGCCAAGGGUGCACUGUAUACGGUGGGCGUUUUAAACGGCAUGGAAUAUCGUCAUCGAUCACAUCCAUCGCCAUAUCCUCUGGCAUUUCCAUCGAACCUUUCGCAAGCAGGGCCCCAAUACGAUGCUAUAACGGCAAUCAAGCAGUUCUCCGCUGGCAGAGGACACAUACUAGCACUCAGUGACAGUGGUAGAAUCUGGAGCUGGUCAAACAUGGAGCAUCCCGCUGUCAAUGUGAAACUCCUGGACCAUGAUAUGGUUGAAAGUGGGCAGGAUAGGGGGAAGGGUGUGGUGAAGAAGGUGGUGGCCGGCUGGAAUAAGAGUGCUGCACUGAUCGAGGGAACUGGUAUUGUGGUGUGGGAGCCUCUGGAUCGGGAAGGCGACGAGACAGACCGGGCGGUCACCAACGGACGAGUAGCUUCAACUGCUGAUGCCGCUUUGGUUCUCGAAAGUGCUUUGAUUCUGCGAACCGGUCAUGUCAACGUUCGCCACACCAAAGGCAAAGGCGCCUCAACCACAGAAGAUCCGGCGGAAGCAGUCGGAGAGGUCCAGUCCUUCAUCGUGCUGUCAGACUCUAUCGUCUUCAACACCAGCCGUGGCAAGGUGUUUGCUUCUCUCAUUACUUGGACUGAGGAUCGGAAGACUCUUUCAGAGCCUGUUGAGCUCCCCAUCCCGCAAGACGCCUUUGUCACGGACGUUCAAGGCAGCUUUGAAAAUUUUGCCAUCUUUCUCAAAUCUGGAGCCGUGCUGACGAGCAAGCAAGAUGCUCUGAUGCCACACUUGACAGGGAGUGGUGAUAGUCGACUGUGGACUCGCAUCCCGGCACUUCAGAACAAAUCCGUCAUUGCUUUGGCAUUCGGAGACUAUCACUUCCACGCAUUACACGCGCCUGGUCACAUAACCUCUUAUGGAUAUCAGCCUCAAAACUGCGGAGCGCUGGGACUCGGCGAUGGAGGUGUUGCUGCACAACUUCGUGGGAUCCGGACUCGAGGCGUGGGUGGCGAUGGGCAUCUACUCCCACACGCCUAUACUGAGGGCCGCAAAGUGUGGUUCGAGCGACCGAAGAGGGAAUGGCUGUCAUUUCUAGCCGCGGGAGGUCAUGAUAGAGAAGAAGCAGAGGGCAGACUACAAAUGGCAACUGCCAGCGACCGAGACGGUGGAUGUCAGGGAGAAGUCAGCGAAUGGAUCGAGCAGGAAGCUAGAAACUGGAGCAAGAAAUACUCCAUUGAUGCUGGCGAUGAUGGACUUGGCGCCUACUUUGCGCUCGGUGUGACUGCAGCUGGAUGGCACAGCGGAGCUCUUGUCCUAGUCAACGAUGAGCUAGUAGAGACUCUGGAAGCUGCUGUGGAGGUCAAAGAGGAUGCUGCGGCCGUUGUAUCCACUGCAAAAUCAAUCGAACAGGUCACUCUGGACUCCACUGAGCCCGAAAAUCCAGAGACAACGCCAACGCUGUGGGGAAGUGCAGUCGAUUAUGGCAAGAAGUUUCUAGGAAACGGCUCUUCCGUGUCGGAGUCCUCAGCUUCCUCAUCCUCGUCAACCGCUGCGCCUGAUCCACCUGCCGCUGCCAAGACUCAUGUCUGGGAACAGGAUUCUUUUCCUAGACUUCGACUCAGUGAUGGUAGAGAAAUGCCUGGGAGGGAUGAUAGAGGUUUCGAUGAGUGGGCUUUUGGUAGGCCGGAGUGGCAGUUCGGCUGGGAGGGCGGGGAGGAUAUCUAG